AUGUUAAAUGCUAGAUACGUUAAAAGAGGCCUAUUCACAUUUAAAAACUCUUUGGUUCGUUCAAAAAAAAGUUCAAUUUUUAGGAUAAUAUUCCGUCCAAACAAUGUUUUCAACUUGUAUCACACUCUAUCUGGAAAAGAUUUAGCCAAAGAUAUUAGAAAAGAAGCAUUUCAAGAAAUUUUAAAUAUUAAGAAAUCACAUCCCAAUUUUAGUCCGACAUUAAAAAUUAUUCAAGUAGGUAGCAGACCCGAUUCUUCAACCUACGUCCGCGCCAAAUUAAAGGCUUCGGAAGACAGCGGUGUCAAUUGCAUAGUGGAAAAGUUGUCAGAAGACAUUUCUGAGUUUGAAUUAUUAAAUAAAAUUGAUAAAAUUAAUAACGAUGAUUCUAUACAUGGAUUAUUGAUUCAAUUGCCCUUGCCAAAGCAUUUAGAUGAAACUAAAGUCACAAAUGCAGUUUCUUAUACGAAAGAUGUCGAUGGUUUCCAUCGUUAUAAUGUAGGUGAAUUGUCCAAGAGGGGCGGCAAACCGUUUUUCAUACCAUGUACACCCAAUGGCUGUAUGAAAUUAAUCGAAAAGGCUGGUAUUGAAUUAUGUGGUAAAAACGCUGUUGUUUUGGGUAGAUCUGAUAUUGUUGGCACUCCUGUAGCUGCUCUAUUAAAAGAUAGAAACGCUACGGUCACAGUUUGUCAUAGUCGUACCACCAAUUUACCAGAAAUCUUGGCUAAAGCAGAUAUUGUAGUUGCCGCAUGUGGGAAGGCAAAUUUCGUCAAAGGUGAGUGGUUAAAGGAUGGUGUUGUUGUUAUUGAUGUUGGUAUCAAUUACAUCCCAGAUGUGACUAAAAAAAGUGGUAGAAAAUUGGUUGGUGAUGUAGAUUAUAACACAUGCAAAGAAAAAGCGUCGUUCAUCACUCCAGUUCCAGGGGGUGUCGGUCCAAUGACCGUUGCCAUGUUAGUAACAAAUGUUGUUUUGGCUGCCAAAAAACAACUAUUAAAAAAUGAAACCCCAUUAAAUAUUACACCAUUGCCCUUAAAAAUAGAAACCCCAGUUCCAUCUGAUAUUGAAAUCUCUAGAAAACAAACACCAAAACAUAUAUCUACAGUUGCUGAGGAAUUGGGCAUUCAUAAGCAAGAAUUAGAAUUGUUUGGGCACUAUAAGGCCAAAUUAUCCUUGGACAUUUUGGAUAGAUUAAAAGAUCGUGAGAACGGUAAAUAUAUAUUGGUUGCUGGUAUCACUCCAACACCAUUGGGUGAGGGCAAAUCCACCACUACAAUGGGCUUAGUUCAAGCUUUAUCUGCCCAUUUGCACAAGCCAGCCAUUGCUAAUGUUCGUCAGCCAUCAAUGGGUCCAACUUUUGGGGUUAAAGGUGGUGCUGCUGGCGGUGGGUAUUCACAAGUUAUUCCAAUGGAUGAAUUCAACAUGCACUUAACUGGAGAUAUACAUGCCAUUUCCGCCGCAAAUAACUUGUUAGCCGCUGCCAUUGAUACUAGGAUUUUCCAUGAAGCCACUCAAAAAAAUGAUGCCACUUUCUAUAAAAGAUUAGUUCCAGCAAAAAAGGGUAUUCGUAGAUUUACUAAAUCAAUGUUAAGAAGAUUAGAAAAAAUAGGUGUUAAUAAGACCAACCCAGAUGAUUUGACACCAGAGGAAAUUAACAAAUUUGCCCGUUUAAAUAUCAAUCCAGAUACUAUCACCAUAAAGAGAGUUGUUGAUGUAAAUGACAGAAUGCUACGUCAGAUAACUAUUGGCGAAGCUCCCACUGAAAAGGGUUUGAUAAGAAAAACCGGGUUUGAUAUUUCUGUUGCAUCUGAACUGAUGGCAAUAUUAGCGCUAUCUAAAAAUUUGAAAGAUUUACGAGAACGUGUUGGUCGCAUUGUUAUUGGUGCCAAUUACAAUAACGAACCAGUUACUUGCGAGGAUAUUUGUUGUGCUGGUGCAAUCACUGCUUUACUAAAAGAUGCCAUAAAACCAAAUUUGAUGCAAUCUUUGGAAGGUACACCAGUGAUGGUUCACGCCGGUCCAUUUGCCAAUAUCUCCAUUGGAGCUUCUUCUGUUAUUGCCGAUAGAAUUGCAUUAAAGCUGGUUGGUAAACAAGCUUCAGAUUCAGUUGCCGAAGAUAGAGAUGAAACUGGGUUUGUUGUUACCGAGGCUGGUUUUGAUUUCACAAUGGGUGGUGAAAGAUUUUUCAAUAUUAAGUGUCGCUCUUCAGGUUUACAGCCUAACGCUGUUGUUUUGGUAUCUACUGUUAGAGCCUUGAAAUUACAUGGUGGUGCCCCAGAUGUCAAACCAGGCCAAUCUUUACCGUAUGAAUACACACAAGAAAAUGUCGAAUUAGUUAGAAAGGGUGUUGCAAAUUUAGUUAAACAAAUUUCUAAUGCUAGACAAUUUGGCGUUCCGGUUGUUGUUGCUAUCAACAAGUUUGAGACAGAUACUGAAGAGGAAAUUGAAGUUAUUAAGAAAGCAGCUAUUAGAGCCGGUGCAUUCGAUGCAGUCACAUCUAAUCACUGGGCUGAAGGUGGUAAAGGUGCUGUUAAAUUGGCUGAGGCUGUCGUCAAAGCUACAAAACAAGAGAGUGAUUUUAAAUUAUUGUAUAAUGUGGAUUCUUCUGUUGAAGAUAAAUUACGUGCCAUUGUUACCAAAAUGUAUGGUGGUGCCAAAAUUGAAAUUUCACCGCAGGCCCAACAAAAAAUAGAUAUGUACAAAAGCCAAGGAUUCGGUAAUCUACCAAUUUGUAUUGCCAAAACCCAAUACUCCCUAUCACAUGAUCCGAAAUUGAAAAACGUUCCAACUGGAUUUACUUUUCCAAUCAGAGAUAUUAGAGCUUCUAUUGGUGCUGGUUAUUUGUAUGCUUUAGCCGCUGAAAUUCAAACUAUUCCGGGAUUGUCCACUUAUGCUGGUUAUAUGAAUGUUGAAGUUGGUGAAGACGGUGAAAUCGAAGGGUUGUUUUAG